AUGUUGAGCUCGUUCGUGCAGAAGUUUAUUGAACAGUCCUCCUUGUCUCCGGCCAACGACAACCGCCCGUCUAAGGCUGCCCUUUUUCGAGACCAGUUCAGACUUCCAGCCGGUCAAAACCCCUUGCAUGAGAUUACCGCUGAACUAUACCUGCCUCUCCCCUCGACCCCAGCGGGAGGCCCUAUCACCUCCGGAGAGAAGACGAGGGAAAAUGGCAACAAAUACCUGGGCGAACUACACUUGAGUGAACACUUUCUGUGCUUCUCGACCAUCCGAACCAGUUUCCUGCCCUCGGCAAACUAUGCAACAUCCACCUCCUUCACAGGCCCGACGCAAGGUGCGGGUCCCGGGGGCCAUGGCUUUACUCUGCCCUUGUGCUCGAUACGAAGAGUCGAGAGGUUGAAUAGUCAUCAAGACAAGUUCUCGCUCGCCCUCACCACCUUUGAGUCGAUCCAGAAACCCUCGACCGAGAAGACGCAGGCGGUACAGCCUCCUCCCCGCAAGCUCAUCCUUACCCUUGACGGCAGUCGUAUCGCCUGUGAACGCUUCUGUGAUGGUCUGAAGAAGGGUUUGAGAGAGGGCAUGAAAGAGGUGGACAAUCUGCGACUUGUAGUCUCUCAAUGCUACUCUGAAUACCUUCUGGACCCCGCUCGGCUCAAGGCCAAAGAGCAGGGAACCACGCCGCCUGAUCCGCCCGAUACUGGACUGGGCAUGCUGUUUAAAUACCCGGGAGACGCCAGGAAACUCAGGGACCGGAGUAAGAUCAGACUCUGGGGCGAGUACAUGCGAGAAAAUGGCCGGAAUGCCACGAUAGUGCGCCAGCCUACUUUCCACAAACUGAUCCGUGUCGGGUUGCCAAACCGGUUGAGAGGUGAGAUAUGGGAGAUAUGCUCCGGUUCUUUCUACACGCGGCUGAGGAAUCCCAACCUCUACGCCAAAACCCUGGCCAAGUUCACUGGGAAGGAGUCCUUGGCCAUCGACGAAAUUGAGAAGGAUUUGAACCGGAGUUUACCAGAAUACCCCGGCUUUCAGAGCGAAGAGGGAAUUGGCCGACUUCGACGCGUCCUCACGGCAUACAGCUGGACCAAUGAAGAGGUCGGCUACUGUCAAGCCAUGAACAUAGUUGUGGCUGCCCUGCUCAUCUACAUGUCAGAGUCCCAGGCAUUCUUCAUACUCGGCGCCUUGUGCGACAGACUGCUUCCCGGAUACUACUCGAAGGACAUGUAUGGCACUCUUUUAGAUCAACGUGUCUUCGAAAAUCUCGUCGAACGGACAAUGCCCAUUCUUUGGGAACAUCUGGUCAAGUCGGACGUCAACCUAUCCGUGGUGUCAUUACCCUGGUUUUUGUCAUUAUACAUAAACUCGAUGCCCCUUGUGUUUGCUUUCCGGGUGCUGGAUGUGUUCUUCCUAGAAGGUCCGAAAGUCCUCUUUCAGAUUGGUCUGGCCAUUCUCCGUAUCAAUGGCGAAGAACUACUUGAUGUGAGCGAUGAUGGCUCCUUUAUCUCCAUACUCAAGAACUACUUUUCACGAUUGGACGAGUCAGCCCAUCCCCAUUCAGAGAACGAAAAGUUGAGGGCGAUUACCAAAUUCCAGGAACUCAUGGUGACGGCUUUCAAGGAGUUUGCGGGCAUCACGCACGCCAGUAUCGAAGAACUGAGGGACAAACAUAUCGAUGGCGUCAAGGAGGGGCUUGCAACAUUUGCCAAACGAACAUCAAUCCGGAACUUGGGACCAGAAAGCAAGAAGCUCAGCGCCGAGGAUCUCAGUGCCAUCUAUGACAGGUUCUUUGGCGUUUUGGCUGAGCGACAAGAGCGUGCAAAAGCUCGCGAAGCAGAAAGAAGGAAGCAGCAAGAUCAGAGAGCGCGGCCCGGUUUGUGGCCGCAACAUUCAUCUCGCAACAAUGACGAACCUGCACGCAAUGCCGCACCGCUGCAGACUAUGGAUUAUGACGCCUUCAGAGAGUUCCUGGCCAACACGGCCAAAUGGGCGGUAACAGACUCGCCCUCAUCACCCAGCAAGGAGAUUGCCAGCCCAAACCAAAGCCAGAGGAAACGGAGCAAGACAAUGACUCAAUGGGGAUCAGGACCUGAACCCGCCGACCACGAUUUUAUGCAACGCUUAUACGGCAAAUGGGACGAAUCGCAUCAGGGAGAGAUGACCCUUCCACAACUGGUCCGAGGUCUGGCCCGUUUCAAAGGCACUACAGACAUCAUGAAUUCCAUGAGUUUAUUCUUCGAUCUCUUUGAUGACGAGGGUACGGGCAAAGUCGACCGGGAGGGCAUCCUUAGGAUGUCUGAAUCGCUUUUGUUCCUUUCUCGGCGAGGUUUCGACGGUGCUAUAACCCCAUCAGACACGAGCAAUGGACUGGCUUCUCCGCUCUCUGCUUCAGACUCGAAGGAGGGCCUGAAACUGAGUACCAAUGAAAAGUUUCUGGGCAGUGUCAGCGCCUUCAUCAGAAGAUGUUUCGAAUACGCCGAUCCAGAUGACGCUGUGGGUACAGCAAGCCCGGGGCUCGAAGUGACAACCACCGACAGCCCGAAUGAGGAAGAAGACCUCCUUGAUUUGACCGAAUCACGAUCUAAUCACAAAGCUGUCGCCUCGCCGCAACCCACAGAGAAAGAUCCUCUGUCCGAGACGACACCGCCUCAUACGCCCUCGCUCUCGAGUAUUCAAGACAAUCGUAAAUCGUCCUCCUCUCGCGCUGCCUCGCAUAACCUCGCCCUCGAUCCCAACAAGCCCUUGCAUAUCACCCUCCCGACCUUCCGCAUGGUCAUUCUCGCCGAUGAACUUCUCGAGCAAUUCUUUGAGACGUUCUUCCCCCAAUCUUUCCGUCUAGCCGACGUCCCUCCCAAUGCCAGCUCCUUGUCGUUGGCGUCAACCACCAAUACCCUCUCAGGAAAUCUCACCACCUUCACAAACCUAGGCACGCCCGUCAAAAACCUGUUGAACGGCACGCCUUCAAACAAGACUCUACCUGAUGUCGGUCGUGCGGGUGGUAUUGUGGAACCGGGCUCUCGCGGCCUGCGAGGUGUUUUGGAUAACAUCGUGAAUGACGGCAUGAGAAUGGCGGCUGAGAUGCGAAAACGUAUGGACGAUGCGCAGAGGGAGUUCGAGCGGAACGCCCGCGAGCAAGGGCACAAACCUUAUCGAGACGACGAUGAUGACGAUGAGGAUUAUGAUGACAAGGACACGGGCAUCGGGAAAAGGGACCAAGAACUGUUGGAGGGAGCCGAGGUCGCUAGUAUCCGAACGGCGACUGGCCUUGGUGGGAGUAUGGAUGAAGGAAGUGUGAGGAGCCGAGCCGAGAGUUCUGCGACGUUGGGUUCUAAGGGAAGUGGCAGCAGCAGCGGGAUGGGAACAUUGAGCCGCAAGACCACGGACAGUGGGCAUAGUGUGACUAUUUUGGAUGUCAAUGAUAUGUCUUCAGAUUCGAAAUGA